UUGUCGUAAUCUUUUUGUAAACGCCUUGUACGCUUUUUAUUUCUCUCGCACUAGUGGUAUUCCAAAGUUUUUUAACCUCUCGAUGUGCAUCGUUUCGAUUCACAAGACAAGAGAACGAGUGAGACAAUAAAACUCUAAGACAGGAAGAAAGCCGUUUAUAAAACCAUUCAGCUGUGCUAAUUAACCUUUUUAAAGUUUUCUCCAAGUGACCAGUGUCAAGUGUUAUUUGAUAAUUAUCAAAAUGGUUAAGCUUUAUGCAUUGACAGUACUUUAUAAAGCACCCACAUCAGCUAGUGCAUUAAAAUGUGCUUACGAGGUUGAGUCAUUCUCUUAUUUUCAAAGGGGAAGUGUCAAGGAGUUUAUGGGUUUUGUCAGUAAAACAAUUGUUGAAAGAACACAGAUUGCUGCCAGACAAAGUGUCAAGGAAGGAGAGUACAUGUGUCACGUUUACGUUCGUGGCGAUAGUCUCGCCGGUGUUUUGAUAUCUGAUCACGAAUAUCCUAAUCGUGUAUCGCAUACGUUGAUUACAAAAGUGUUGGAUGAUUUUGCGGGAAAAUAUCCUCCGAGCUCUUGGGGAACUCUCAACGAAGCCACCUGUGAUUUUCCAUCGAUUAAUAUGUACCUAGCAAAAUAUCAGAAUCCUAGGGAGGCAGAUGCUCUCACCAAAAUGCAGAACGACUUGGACGAAACAAAAAUUAUACUGCAUAACACAUUGGAAGCUGUACUCCAAAGAGGUGAAAAAAUCGACGAUUUAGUGCAAAAAUCCGAGGGUCUGAGCCUCCAAUCGAAAGCCUUUUACAAAACAGCGAGGAAAACCAAUUCCUGUUGCAGUUUAACAGCUUAAUAUUCGAAAUAUCCUAUAAAUUAAUUAAUCAAUGCAAGAGAAUGAGCCGAGAGCACUCACUCGUUCCACCCCACCUGUUAAUGUUCCAGUUACUGAGAUAAUAACUGUAUGAAUUUAUAAAGAAAAUUGAAAACACAAUAUGAUAUGAAAUCUAAAGUUGAUAAAAAAAUAUGUAUUUCAUUCUUGUCUUGCAUUAAUUGAUCAAUUGAUGGGUUGUAUUAAUUAGUCAAUUAGGCAAAACAAGGAAUAGCUAUUUUCAAUGUGAUGUUAAAAGGAAAAGAUAAUUCACUGUUAAACGGACCGUUAUAUGACGAACAUCUCAAUAACCGUGACCUAUAUCCAUUUGUGUAAAUGUUGAUUGGCUGGUCGUGAUUUUCCGUAUGAAAAAAUUCUAGUUGGCUUCUGUUGAAAAAUUGUAUUCUCUUUUGGCACUGAUUCUAUUGGAGAUGAAUUUUUUAACGAAGUCGCUGAAGAAUUUCGUGUCAGUUUAUUACUGCCAUUCGAUCUUUUCGCGUUUCAUUGAGUAACUGAAUAACUGAAAUCAUGUUUUCCGCUUCUUUGUUUCUAUGGUACCAACCAGAAUCGUCCUGAGACACUUAUUUUUGACAGUAUUGUAAAUAACCAAUGAUGACUACAUCACUUCAUAAUACUUGUAAGAAUCUGUAUGAAAUCGUGAAUGCAUUCCAAUUUUAAUUAAACCAAUUGAUUUAACUGACCGAGUGGAGAAGUAUAAUUAUUAAUGAGUGAUGAACACUUGGAGACGAAUGUAAAUGAAUUUAGAGAUUAUUUAUCGAAUGUCUCUGGAGCGAUUAAGUCUGGUUGAAAAUUUCAGAAGCCCGAAGUUUUUUAUCCUCUUCAAUAAAAUCUCCUGGCACUUUAUCCUGAACUUACUAGUUCACGAGACAUCGCCACAAUAGUCUUCACAGAAAUAUCGUCGUUGCUUCAGACAUUUACUAAUUAUAUUUUCAAUUAAUGCAAAACCAAAAUGAAAAAAUGAAAAGAAUUAUUGUAACGCGCCUAAAGUUAUUGUGAAGUGUUUGUAAUUAUGAAGACAAAAAAUAUACGUGUACAAACCUGAA